AUGAGCAAUAAUGGGUGGCCGCAAACCGCAGCCCACGAGAGGCUAUCACGACCGCAUUCAGAACACGGACCAAGUAUGAGAUUACCUGGCGUCCGGCAAUUGCUACAACCUGAUGUGUUCGUCGGUCCCGACCCUUCCACUCUGACUCCACAGCAUCAUCCAGAGCAACCUCGUUCAAUUUUACCGACCACAACGUUGAGCUCCGCACAUGAUUUUCUGUCACUGUCGAAACGCGCCUCAGAAAGUAGCAUCAAGGGUUUACAGUCGGAUCCGUUUGAGUCGAUGACGUCGAGUCCUCCCUCUAUGCGGACUUCGAGCUCUGACGCCUUGAUUCCCAUACAUCACCAAACACCCACUUUCAUGCAAGCCCCCCCACAGCAGUCGCGGGAUGCCCUCUCAAACCGUAACAGAGAGCGUGGCCCUCAACCCAAUUCGGCACUUUGCGUAAUAUCACCGGACUUAAUAAGUACCGGCGCAAACUCUGCCGACGGUAGCGAUCAGAACGAACCCAAACAUCAACCAACGUCACGUCGUAUGACAGCAGAGAAGCAUCAAACAAUCACUUACCCUGCAUCAAGUGCAGCUCCUGACUACGGCGAAAAGGUUAUGAAGCGGCCAGAGCAAAGGGUGGAUUCAAGACAAGAUUGGCGGGAAACAAUGAAAUCACCACCAGGAAGGCUGCGGUCGUCAGACGCCUCAUCACCGAUAUUGGACUCGCCACCAGUAUUCGACAUGAUGGAAAAAUUAGGUCUUCAAGCGGCGGACUGGAACUUAGAUCCUUAUCCAAUAUCGCCAGUGACGAAGGGAUACCUGGAUCUCUACUUUGCCCACGUCAAUCAAGGUAUAUAUUAUAUAUUCCCAAAGGGCCCAUUCCUUACAUGGGUUGGCGAUCGUCGCGAAAAGACGCUUGAUGAUAAGAUGCUCCUGUAUGCUAUGAUUUCAAUGGGAUGUAGCUUUUCAACCCACAAGGAGAGCGUUGUGCAUGGUAAGAGAAUGCUGCAACUUGCUCGUUAUGCGGAGCAAAACAGCGUUGGAAGGUUCACGUUGCAACUGGUCCAAACCAGGUGGAUACUAAGCUUGUUGAAGUUUUCGCUGGGAGACUUUAGCGAGGCGUCGGACUACUGCGGCGCUGCGGCGAGAGGGGUAUGCGAGUUGAAGUUCAACACUGAGUAUGGUGUUGUCGAACGACUUAACACACAUGGAUGCGAAUAUGGCCUUGAUAGGAGGACAAUGGCGGAGUGUCAAAGGAGGACUUUCUGGUCGGUAUACCUCUUGGAGCGAUGCAAUGGCCUAUGCUCUGGCCUUCCGCCCAUGCUGCAGAACGAAGAUUGUUUUAUCCGCGUUCCUUGCAGCGAAGAGUUGUACGAAAACCAAGACAUUCCAGUAACUCCAUUAUUUGGGACGAUUGACCAGAAUGUAAGCUGGCCGAAGCCAGCUAGCCUGGGCACAAUGUCAUACCUGAUCGUGAUAUCUUCUAUCUGGGGACAAGUCUUGCAAUACCUUUAUAGGGAGAAGCACCGAACCUUCGAAUCAGAUGAUGACAAGUACGAAAAGUUUUACAGCGGUAAGCAGCGGCAAUUGCGAAGGUUCAUCGAUCGCUUACCGCCGCAUUUGUUCGCCUGCAACACACAGAAUAUCCAGCAAGCAUUGCAGGAAGGCUACGCCGAGACUUUCAUAUUACUUCAUGCACGCUAUCACACUGUUCUUAUGAAAUUGAAUCGGCACGCACCGCACAGGGAGAUGGAUGAGAGUAGCUUAAGUCGAAAUAUAAGAGCUGCCCAGUUUCACGCUCGAGAGCUCCUGAAGUUUACUCUGUUGCUGUCGAAGGUUUAUGAAGAGCAGCGCUCCUCGAAACCAGCCCGAACAUUCUCGGUGCCGUUUCAAGCCUACUCCAUGCUAUCUGCAGUGGACAUUUUAACCAGUAUCGGCACGCUGGCCGAUCUAAAAUCUGACCUCCAACUCGUGCAAAGCAGUUAUGAGGUUGUGCAGAAGCUGAGCAAGUACUGGGCUAGCGCUCAAAAGCAGCUGAAGGUGAUAGCACUCCGCUUUGAGGAGAUUAUGAAGGCGCUGCAAUGCGCGCCUAGGGAAUAUGCCUUCUUCGUCACGGCAGAUGCCAUGGAGGACCUCUUUGGCAAAGACCUGGAUCUCUUCUUCGCACCGACAGUGGAGGAAAGAUUCGCAGCCUUGGGCUUUCCCUUGACGAUCAGCAACGAGAGUGGCGUUCUUAGAAUCAACAGUCUGGACUCGGAUAACGGGUGCUGUGGUAUUCGAAAAGAACCCAAGUCGUGA